AACAGUAAAAGGACAUUGCACGAUCUUUACCCCAUUCAAAAUCCCUAUAACAUUGCCGCCAUCGCCCCAGGCGUCCAAUCCGGAACGCAGAGAUCAGACAGUCUGGGGCAGUUGAUUCUAGUCGGACUAGUUUUCCAUUCAUCUCUCUGCAACAAUGGCAGCGCUUAGGAUGACACUGUAUGGACGCUUUCUUCAGCCUCUCCCUCUGUCCUUUGGGUCAUUACGGUUUGCCAGUUCCUCCUUCAAGGCUGCAGAUCUUACCAUAGAGAGGAACUCUGUACCGAAGCCAAAGCCAGAUCCUUCUACCCUUGUGUUUGGCAAGCAGUUUUCGGAUCACAUGCUGACCAUCUAUUGGUCUGCGACUGGAGGAUGGGAGGCACCUCAGAUUAAGCCUUUCCAGAAUCUGUCUCUUCACCCUGCUUCCUCAGCCCUGCAUUACUCCAUAGAGCUCUUCGAGGGCAUGAAGGCAUUCCGGGGAGUAGAUAAUCACAUCCGUCUCUUCAGGCCCAUGUUGAAUAUGGAGCGCAUGUACCGCAGUUCUGAAAGGAGCUGUCUGCCUUUGUUUGAAAAGGGUGAGCUGCUGAAAUGUAUUAAGAAGCUGGUUGAGAUUGACCAAGAAUGGGUUCCUUACUCCACAGAUGCCAGUCUAUAUAUCAGACCCACAUUUAUAGGAAUUGAGCCUUCUCUAGGUGUGUCUCGAGCAGGCCAAGCUUUGCUGUUUGUCAUUGUUGGACCUGUUGGACCUUAUUUUGCCACUGGAGGAUUUAGUCCAGUGUCCUUGCUGGCAGAUCCUAGUUUUGUCAGGGCCUGGAGGGGAGGUGUUGGAGAAUACAAGAUGGGAGGGAAUUAUGGACCAACAAUCGCUGUUCAGAGUGAGGCGGCGAAGAAGGGCUGUCAGCAGGUUCUCUGGCUGUAUGGAGAGAAUGAGGAGAUCACUGAGGUUGGAACCAUGAAUCUCUUCAUCUACUGGACCACAGAGAAAGGAGAGAGAGAGCUUGUAACCCCUCCACUAGAUGGCAUCAUUCUUCCAGGAGUCACCAGACAAUCUCUGCUGGACCUUGCCAGAGAAUGGGGGGACUUCAAAGUGACAGAGCGCAAAGUAGUAAUGAAGGAGCUGAUAAAUGCUUUAAAUGAGGGCCGAAUUCUGGAAGUCUUUGGUUCUGGCACUGCAUGUGUGGUGUGCCCGGUUGGCAGUCUACUCUACAGAGGACAGACCUACCAAAUUCCUACAAUGCAGAAUGGUCCAGAUCUUGCAAAAAGAUUCCAUAAGGAACUCACUGACAUACAGUAUGGAAUCAAGCAGAGGGACUGGGCACCACUGGUUGUCUAGAUAAUAUCAGUCUGGAAGAUUGUCAGGUCUCAUGUCUAAAACCUUUCAUUACGUGUGUUUUUGUUUGUGGAUUUAGAGAGAGAGAUGUUAUUCUACAGUAACAAACUUUUUAAAUGAAAAUUCACCUAUUAAAUAUGCAGUCUAAACAACCUUACAUCCUCCUUGCUUAGAGAGCCAUAUGGCACAGUUUGUAGUACUAGAGAUUAUCCUUAAACCAUUUGAGCACAAGCAUCAUAAACCAUGUGUAUGCAACUAAUCUUAAAGGCACUAUAAGUAAAUAUAUUCUCCUUGCAGUAGUGAAUGAGCUUGUUGAUAGAUCUUAGUAGUAUGGAGGUUUUUGUUUGAAUCAGUUUCCUUAUUGUCUUCUAAAACGGCUGAACAUUUUUCUUCAACAUACUCACCAGCCACUUUAUUAGGUACACCGGUACAUACCUAUUCAUGUGAUUAUCUAAUCAGCCAAUUGUAUGACAGCAGUGUAAUGUAUAAAAUCAUCCAGAUACGGGUCAGGAGCUUCAGUUAAUGUUCACAUCAACCAUCAGAAUGGAGGAAAAAAAUGUGAUCUCAGUGAUUUCGACUGUGGCAUGAUUGUUGGUGCCAGACGGGCUGGUUUGAGUAUUUCUAUAACAGCUGAUCUCCUGGAAAUUUCACACACAACAGUCUCUAGAGUGUAAAGAGAAUGGUUCAAAAAAACAUCCAGAGAGCGGCAGUUCUGUGGGUGGAAAAGCCUUGUUGAUGACAGAGGUCAGAGGAGAAUGGCCAGACUGGUCCAAGUUGACAGGAAAGUCACAGUACCCCAAAUAAACACGCAUUGCAACAGUGCUAUGCAGAAAAGCAUUUCUGAUCAUACAACACGUCGAACAUUGAGGUGGAUGGGCUACAGCAGCAGAAAACCCUUCCGGGUACCACUACUGUCAGUUUAGAACAGGAAACUGAGGCUGCAGUGGGCACAGGCUCACCAAAACUGGACAGUAGACGAUUGGAAAAACGUCGCCUGGUCUGACAAAUCUGGAUUUCUGCUGAUGUACACAAAUGGUAGGCCCACUGCAGCCUAAGUUUUCUGUUCUUAGCUGACAGAAGUGAAACCCAACAUGGUCUUCUGCUGUUGUAGCUCAUCCGCCUCAAGGUUCAACAUGUUGGGCAUUCUGAGAUGCUAUUCUGCUCACUACAAUUGUACAGAGUGGUUAUCUGAGUUACCAUAGCCUUUCUGUCAGCUCGAACCAAUCAGGCCAUUCUCCGUUGACCUCUCUCAUCAACAAGGCAUUUCUGUCCACAGAACUGUCGCUCACUGGAUGUAAUUUUGUGUUUCGCACCAUUCUCUAUAUACUCUAGAGCAGUGGUUCUCAAACCUGUUCCUGUAGGCCCCCCAACACUGCACAUUAUUUAUAUCUCCUUUUUCUGACACACCCAAUUCAGGUCUUGGAGUCUCCACUGUUGAGCUGAUGAGUCGAAUCAGGUGUGUUUGAUUAGGGAAAUAUCCAAAAUGUGUAUUGUUGGGGGACCACCAGGGACAGGGUUGAGGACCACUGCUCUAGAGACUAUUAUGCCUGAAAAUCCCAGGAUAUCAGCAGGUACAGAAAUACUCAAACCAGUCUGUCUGGCACCAGCAAUCAUGCCAUGGUCAAAAUCACUGAGAUCAAAUUUUUUCACCAUUCUGAUGUUUGAUGUGAACAUUAACUGAAGCUCUUGACCCAUAUCUGCAAGAUUUUAUACAUUGCACUGCUGCCACAUGAUUAGCUAACCACAUGAAUAUGUAGGUGUACCUAAUAAAGUGGCUGAGUGUAUAACUGUAUUAACAUUACAGCUUUUAGACUGAGGGAAUGGUGCUAAGAAAUCAGACAGCUGAAAAGAAGCAGAAUUCUGCACAUAAUCAUUUUAAUGUAAAUGUAUGUUCACUGAGUUGCUUUUUCAUUUGUGUAAUAUGAGAGUACACAUUGUCUUUUCCUACCAAGAGGACAGAAAUGUCUACAUGUUGCAUCAAUUUAUACAGCUCUGUUUUUUUUUAUUAUUAUUAUUUUACGAAAGACAGGAGCAGUGAGACUAAUCUGAAUCUGUUAAAAGUCAAAAAUGGUAAACAGUGUAAAUGAUUGUUAUACAGUAUAUGUCUCUCUGGAGCAGGAUGCAUUUUCUAGGACAAUGUAUUUUCACCAGAUUUAGAUCAAAACCAUGGAGCUUGAGCUGAGGUAAUGCACGCACAAAUGAAGGGCUGAGGUUGGACGGAGGCCCAGAGUUACUUUAGCAGCUCUAGAAACCACUAGAGAAGUCAGGAUGAGAGAAUCUUAGUGCACUAGGCUGUACAUUAUCUAUAACAAUAUUUGGAAGAACAAUGUGACAUGUUAUGUACAUGUGUGUGUAAAAUAUGAAAUCGAUGAAAAUUCGGAAUGUUUCGGUUUUAACUUAUUUCUAGUGUUGAUUUAUGGUGAUACAGUUCGAGUUCUGUUCUCCUCUUUUUUUUUUUUUCUGUUCUCUUUUUUUUUUUUUUUUUUCUUAUUUUACUUGUGAACACCCCUCAUUUCUUUACCCCCCCCUUAUUUUAAUCCUACAUUGUAAUCUGUAUGCUGCACAUCUCUCCUCUUCUAAGUGCCUAAUGGAGAUGGCUGUUACUUUCUGUUUGAGUUCAGUACCAUUUGCAUUUGUCUUUAUUGUACUGAGGGGGCUGCUGUUGUAUUCACAAUUGAUUUUUUUUUUUUUUCAAAAGGUUAUUGGAGUCAUUACUUUUUCUGUUUCUGUAUUUUUACAAAUAAAUUCAAUUUGCGUCCAAAUAAAUGUAGGCCUUACAGUUUUACUACAUAAUGGCUAUUUCACAUUUGUUUUGGGGGUUCUAGUUUGCCCCCUUGUGUAGUUAUUUACUUUUGAACAGCUUCUCGGAUAUUAUUGGGAGAAUCUCACAAAACCUGUCAAGAACAUGUCUAGGACAUGUUUUACCCCAAAAUCAAAAGGAAAAAUGAAGCAUAUUUUUAGGACUAUUAAAGGAAUGUUCCUGGUCCAAUAUAAGUUGAGCUCAAUUGACAGAAUUUGUGGCCUAAUGUUUUUACCACAAUUUAUAUUUUUGACUGGUCCCUCAUUUAUUUCAACAAACAAAGCCUGGUUACACGGAGGCACUUACAAUAGAAGUGAAUUUGGCCAGUCCAUAAAUGUUAAAAUACAAAUUGUUUUUAAAGUAUAGCCACAAGGUGUAAACAUUAUACGUAUUAACAUGAUUUGGGUGUGAUAAAAUUGCUUAACUUUGUGUAAAGUUAUCCAAUAUUGCAACUUUGUUGCCACAACGUGACGCUGGAAAACCCCAUGAGUGAUAUUAUCCCACUAAAGUCAUAUAGAACAGAGAUUUUAUCAAACUAAAACCAUGAUUAUUAUUUAUUUCACAAUCUUUCACUUUCUCUGUUCCACUGUGGUGGAAUGAGCUUCCAACAUCCACACGAUCUGCUGAUACCGUCUCAGCUUCAAAGAACCAGAUGAAAACACUCUACGUUCAGCUACGUUCACUCACUUUUUGGAGCCCAGUUUAAUUGUAAUAUGAUACAAUAUAAUACUGAUAUUUUUUUAUUGUUAUUAGUAUAAAGAUGAUAUUUAUUUUGUACAAUAGUAAUAUAUUUUUGCUGUACGUCACCUGGAGCUUUUAUUUUGGUGGAAAGCUGAAAGUGCUGUUGUAUUUACAGAGACUAGCCAGAGAUGGGGAGUCAACUUUAGAACGCGCAAGUGCAGUGUGUAUUUAACAAUUUGCAAUGUUGCUCACUACAAAUCUGGUAAAGCGCUGUCACCUUCUUUUAUGUUAUACUUUUAACCCCUUUUUUAAGGAUUUCAUAAUAACUUAGCAGUAAGCCAACAAAUGUUUGGAAUUACGUGAAUGUGUAUACAUGCAACGCUUUGCAUUCACAAUGCGCGCAACGGCCCUGAGACCGCAUUAUGAACCCCGCAUGCGUCACCUGUUAACAUAGCUCUUAAGGAUCAUGCAAUUAGUCUAAUGACGCACUCUUUAGGGAACUCUUUAGCACAGUACAAUCAUCGCGAGAUUCCAAUAUUGCUUAAGUUUAUAUCGUCGGCAUCGCGAUGAUAUCAUGAAUAUCCGAUAUAUCAACUAGCCCUAACCUUAGUAUGUCUCACUUUCAAAGAAAACAUUAUCACACAUACCAACACCACAAUGGCAGUUUGCCACCUUUAUUUAUUAGACUGAUUUUGUUAUUUCACAGAUAACAUGAUGGUUUUGAGAAAUUGUCCUUUUUUUUAUAUAUUUCAUUUAAUCAUAUAAUAACUUAUAAUCACCAAUCUUAUAGCCUUACAGCCCCA